CUGCUGCAUUCAUCAAGUUCAAGCUUAAGUUUAUUGCUAUCUGACUGUACAUAUAUACAGCCGAAUGAUACAACAUUCCUCUGGACCAAGGCGCACCUACAAAACAUAAAUCACACACAGCACACACUGUAAAACAAAAUUCUACCACAAAUAAGUAAUAAAGUACAAUUCAAAGUGCAUGUAGUGUGCAGCACAGGUAAACAGUAAGCAGUUUGCUAUCCUAGUGUCGAGACCUUGGUGGUGGUAAGGUAUUUGUUAGUCUUUCAGCCUGGCAGUCCUAGUCCGGAUGCUUCUGUUUCUCCUUCCUGAUGGCGGCGAGUCAAAGAGAUUGUGGGAUGGGUGGUAGGGAACCCCAACAAUUGGGUUCUUCAUAUGCAACACUUCUGAUAAAUGUCACAAAUAUAGGGAGGGAGACCCUGGUGAUCCUCUUGGGAGUUUUACUGUCCUCUAUAGGGUCCUGUAGCUUCUGCACUGCACAAUAAUGCAGCCAGACAGGACGCUCUUGAUGGUUCUCCUGUAGAAAGUUGUUAGGGCAGGGAGCCUUGCAUGCCUCGAUCUCCUCGGAAAGUGCAGACAACGCUGUGUCUUCUUGACUAACAAGGAGGUAUUGUGGGUCCAGGUUAGUUCAACGUGCUGGGAUAGAACCUCUAAGAUAUUGACAUACAGGAACUUGAAGUUUCUUAACUUUACACAGCUGAUCCCUCGAUGAGGACAGGUGUGUCUUCCCCUUCCUGAAGUCCACAAACAGUUCCUUGGUCGUGCUGAUGUUGAGUGCGAGGUUAUGGUUGUGACACCACUCAACCUAUCUCACUCUUGUACAUCUCCUCUCUAUCUGGGAUCUUACAACAGGGUGUAUUCUGUGAAUUCAUCUACGGUGUUUGAGCUGUACUUAGUUUUGCUUAGAUUGGCAUAGACAUGAUGGGCCAAAGGGUCUGUUCCUGUACUAUAUCCUACUCAUAACCUUCAGCAGAAAUGGCCUGUUCCAAUACAGACAGAAAUUCAAUUACCUGAAAAUAUCGAACCUCAAGAGCUGAGGUACUGCACAUCCUGAGGAUGAGCUGCAUUCCCCUAUCCCCUAUUCUCCUAGUCCUGAUGAAGGGUCUCGGCCCGAAACGUCGACAGCGCUGCUCCCGAUAGAUGCUGCCUAGCCUGCUGUGUUCUACCAGCAUUUUGUGUGUGUUGGAUGAGCUGCAUUCUUUGGGUUUAUUGGGUUUAUAGGAGGCUACAGCAACAGGUCAGAGUGGGAGAGGGGUGGUCAAUAAAGUGCCAAGCAACCGAAAGCUUAGGAUCAGUCCUGUGGACCAACUGGUGCCCAGUCUGCGUUGGUCCUUAAGUGUCAAGGAGGCCACAUAGCGAAUGUAGGGCACUGAGCUGGGAGAAGUGCACGUGGAUCACUGUUUCACUUGGAGCGUGAAUUUGGGUCCCCGGAUGGUGGGAGUGGACAAGGUAAAAAGGGAGGUGAUGCAUAUCCUGAGUGGCUUGGGAAAGUGCUAUGAAAUUGGAAGUUGGACCAGGGAGUUACAGAGGGAACAAGCCAGGUGCCUUUACCAAUUUCACUGUCCUGUACGGUUUUUAACCUGAAUUUCUGCUCACCAAAACCUUCCCUUCCAGCUAUCAUCUGCCCCUUUUCAGCUCCUAAUCAAUAUCCAGCCACAUGCGGAGUAGCUGCAUUUACUUGGGGUCUCAGAUUAUUUGCCUGUUUUGGGGACGUGGUUAAUAUCUGCCUGUAAUUGGGGACCUUCACGAUGUUUGCCCUUGUUAGUGUGCCCCAAGGGAGGGGCUUCAGACUAUCUAUCCUUGUUCAGGGCAGCUGGCUACCUCACCAUAUUUGGGAUUUCUGGACAGCUGGCAUCCUGAACCUCUCAGGGUCCAUGGUUAUCUACUCUGAGUUUCAGAGGAUCCCGAGGUUGGCCUCAGUUUUAGUGACUCUGGGUUUUUGGGGAUCCCGGUCAAUUUGGGGGCCAAGUGAUAUUUGGAUCUUGGAUCAGGUCCCAAGGGUCUCAGAAUAUUGACCCAGUUUGGGGGUUCAAAGUUGAAGGUAAAUUUAUCAUGGAAGUACAUCUGUAUCACCAUAUACAGUCUUGAGAUUUAUUUUUCCUGAAUGCUGUCAUACUUUAAGGAUCCUGACAUAUUGCCUCAGUUCGGGAACUACCCCGGUUAUCCGUUCCCAGUUCGAGGAGCGGGGUGGUCAGUGAUAUCUGUCGCCAGUUUUGAGAGCCCAGGUACAUUGCCUAGUUCUGAGGUGACAGUGAUAGCUGUCAUCCGUUUUGGACGUGCUCGGAUAUUGCCCCAGACCGGGAUCCCGGAAUGCUUCCAUCGUUCUGGCGGUGCCGGGUUAUCUGCCCCCAAUUCUGGGGGUCCCGGGACAUCCCCCCGCCUCUCGGCCCGUACUGGAGCCCCGCCCGCCGCCCCUCCAGGCGGGGCGCAGAGAGCUCAGCUUCCGCCUUGCGCGCAAUCGGAGCCCGGGCGGACUGGACGGGACGGACGCGAUGUCGGAGGCCGACUGCAGGCGCUGGAUCGCCGAGACCAUCGAGUGGCUUCGGUCGCGGAAGGCACGGCCGGACCAGGAGCGGAUCUGUAAGAUGGUGCAGCGGCGGCACGGCGUUUCCCCGAGCCGCACCCGGCGCCAGCUCGACCGGCUGCUGCGCUCCCGCGCCGUGCUGCGGGUCCGCUACAAAGGCUCGCACUCGUACCGCAACGCCGUCCCGGGGCAGCUGGAGCCCGGGGAGAGGAGCGGGCGCUCGGCCCGGGACAGGAACUCCGGACAGCGGGGCCCAGCCCGGGACAAGUCCCGGCCCCCGGCCGAGCAGCUCAGCGUGGUGGUGACCCGGGCCCGGCACAAGGAGGUUCUGGAGCAGCAGGUGGCCCGGGCUCGGGGCAGGAAGCCGCCGGCUGAGGUGGAAGGCGAGGCGGCCGAGAGGAGGCGGCGGCUCCCGGUCACUGACAGCGGCGGUCCCGAGCGCAAGAAGACCAGGAGAACGAAAGAGGCUGAUCCAUCUGAGAGCGAAGGAAGUGAUGAAGAUGAAGACAGUGCGGCUCCAGUGAAAGGCCGUGAAUUGGAGGGACAGGGGCCUAGUGAAGCACAGAAUGAGGCGGAAACCGCCACUGAUUGCGGGAGUGAGGACAGUGAUACUGAAGGGAGCCCCGUCAAGUCGCCCGAUACGGAAGGUCACUCGGCUGAAGAUGUCAGAGAGGAGAUGUCCACUGAGGAGCAGCUUGAAGCAUCUCCGGCCGUGGGGCAGGGCACCUCACCCGACCCAGUUGGUGAGUCCGAGACCAUCACUGAAGCUGAGCCGAGAAGUGAGUCCGAAGUGCGUCUCUGCCCAGGUAGCACGGGGGAAGCUGGCUCGUCUGACGGACCUAUCUCCAUGGAGAAGAGCUGUGGUGAAGAGCCUGGUGUCCAGCAAGGUGAGGAAGAUGCUGAACUGGAGACACUCGAUCAGCUCGGGCCUGUGGUCUGUGAUACGGCAGGACUGUCCCAGUGUACAGAAGAUAGACCCCGAGCUGCAUAUGAUCAGAAGACUUCCCACCAGCUCGAAUCCCAAACCAGUGAAGGGAGGGCUGACGGGUUGCUGAAUGACAUUCGGCCCCACUGUCACCGACAGUAUGCAGCAGCCUUUCUCAGCCGCGUCUGGAACGAGCUGGAGCCUCGGGCGGACCAAGGUCCUCAGCUGCUACAGAAGAAGGAGCCCAGAGAUGCUGACCAAGUGAUUUCCAGUGGUUACAUAAUGCAGUACGUGGAAAGCAAGAAGAAAUGGAAGGAGAAAUAUUUCGUAAUGAAGGCGAGCUACGGGUUGGACUGCUUUGAAAACAAAGAGGCUGCCCAGAGAGGACUGAAAGCAGACGGCACGGUACAGCUGUCAGGGUACAUCCCGCUGAGCUCAGUCUCCGACUACAAGGAGUUAGUGAACCAAAGCUGGCCGGUCUUCAACGGCGUGGCAGACACUUACUUGGAGGAGCAGCACUUGAACUUACCAACAAGUCACCACCUCUUCCUGUGGCAUUCCUACAAACCCCACCUGCUGCUCUGUUUCCACACCGAAGAGGACUAUCACACCUGGAGCAUGGUCCUUGCCGAUGGAAUUCGACAUUUAAACACGGUGAUGUACGGCAGGGAUACCUUUGAAGUCCGUGCGUUACUGGAGGCUGUGCGUGUAUAUCGGGAGCAGAAAGGACAUUACGGAACCUGUGACUUGUACUUGGGCUCAGAGGUCGAGAUCCUGAGUAACCUGGUGAUGGAAGACCUGUGCCCUGUGUUGGAGUCUCAGCUCAUUCCCCAUAUCAGAGGGGCAGAGAGUAAACGGAAGCAGGCCUGGCUGAAAAUGCUGGGGGACAUGUAUGCGGUGGUGGAGGCUCAGGUCUCUGCGGAGUUCCCGGCUCUACUUGGAGAGUACGAAGAGCAGAGGCAGCGGCUGGAGAGGACAGUCCGACCCGACUUCAACCAAAUCCUCACCGCCAAGAAGCAGCUCGUGGAGAAGAUCCAAGCUUCGCUGGGGGAGCGAGUGCGCUGCUUUUGCCGAGAUGAGGUUCGGCCCCAGCUCAGACCGGUACAGGAGCUGGUGGCGGGUUCCAUGGCCACUGCCCUUGGGGAGACUCGAAGACUCUUCUCAGAGGAAGUUAGUGAGGUGAUCAGUAAGGUGAAGAAUGGAGAGAACAGCUCGACACUGGCCCAGGUCUGCAGCCAGCUCCUGGUUUUACCAUAUCACUCGGUCCAGAUGCAUCACUGCUACAAGAAGACUGAAGAGCUGGAACAAUACCUGAGCGAAGUGGGGCCUCGGUUCUCUUUCUGUGGCGUCCAUUUCCUGAUGCAUCGAGCUCAAAACAUUGUCCAACAGUUGAUGGAAGAUGCGAUUUACACCUUUCAGCACAUGCUCACUUCAAUGCAGCCACCCAUCAGUCACCCCGGAGAAACCAGCCAGCACCUUGAUAAUACCAGGGCCCUCGUACUGAAGAAGUUUGACUCUGACAGCAAUGCGGCCGUGCGCCAGUUUGUUCGGGACACUCUCCUGGAACUUUUCCUCCCGUUUGUCCUCAAGUCGCUGGAACCCGUUUGCAAACCGGAACUGCCCGAGUAUGAAGCAUACGUGUCUGCAGAUGAAGAGGGAGUAAUACAGCUUGAAGCCACCUACAAGGAGCUUGUCCUUCAUAUUGUGUCAGGAGAAAUUAACAAAGCCACGAAGGAGACUUCCACACAACCAAAGUUCAGUCUAUACAAUGAAAGUAUGGCUUACCUGUGGGACAAUGAGCCCCAGCUCUCCACUGCUGAGCACCCCAAAUCCAUCCAUUCAACCAGCCCUACAGAAUUAUCAGGGCAGUCACCAGCACUUGGGACAAUCAGCGAACACAUGGAUCACACUGAGAGUACGCCAGCCUCAGGAAAUAGCAUGGAGGUAGACGGAAUAUAAUGCAAAGCCCAACUGAGGACUUCAGAAGAUGAACGAAAAGAUGUGGGACAUGUGCAGAUUAGAAGUGAAGUUCAAAAGAAACAGCUCAGUCCAACAAGCCGAAGUCAUUUGGAGACACGAAUCAGAUCUUGGACACACUCCCAGAGGUGACUGAUAUGGACCCCAGUCAUUGUUCAGAUAACUAUUACCCUGGGACAUCCUGUGGCGACCCAUUUCCUGGCAUAUCCGAACCGGCUCACAAUUAGCCAUCUUUCUGGCUAAGGGAGAUAGCCUAUGGGGGUUUGCCAGCACAGAGCUUUGGAGCCUCUGCGCCACGGGGGGCAGGUUAAGUGAGGCUUAAAAGUGAGGCUGGGGAUUUCGAAUAAAGUUUUUUCUUCGACUGCA